UUCCCGAGGGCGGGGGCGGGGGCUGGGGCGGCCUUGAGGCUUCGCAGGCUGCGCCCCGGCACCUCUCCUGCAAGGAGCGAAGUAGCCUAGGGAGGCGCGCUCCAGAUCCGCCGCCGGACCACCUUAAGCCUUAAGCCGCAUCGAGGCUGCUCCGCCUCCCCUGCCUCCUUCGCCCGUCCUUCGCCAUGGCUGCGCGGCGGACGCUGAGCUUCACGGUCCGGAAUUACUCGCAAGCAGCAGCCAAGGGCUGGCUGACAGAGGACUUCCUAGAUUCCCUGAGAGCAGUGGUGGGGAGCGGCAAUGUGUCCACGGCCACCCCAGUUUGUGAGCAACAUGGCCAUGACGAGUCCAUGCACAGGUGCCGCCCGCCAGAUGCCGUGGUGUGGCCUCAGAACAUGGAGCAGGUCAGCUUGCUGGCGAAGGCCUGUUACAGCCGUGGGGCUCCCAUCAUCCCUUUCGGGACAGGAACGGGCCUAGAAGGGGGCGUGUGUGCCGUGCAGGGUGGUGUGUGCUUUAACCUGACCCAAAUGGACCAGAUCUCUGAGCUGAACACAGAGGACUUCACUGUGGCUGUAGAACCAGGGGUGACCCGAAAGGCACUGAACAGUUACCUACGGGGCAGUGGACUCUGGUUUCCUGUGGACCCCGGGGCUGAUGCUUCUCUCUGCGGCAUGGCGGCCACAAGUGCCUCAGGCACCAAUGCUGUGCGCUAUGGCACCAUGCGCCAAAAUGUCCUCAACCUGCAGGUGGUGCUGCCUGACGGGAGGGUCCUCUACACGGCCGGCCAGAGCCGGAGGCCCAGGAAAAGCGCUGCUGGCUACCACCUAACAGGGCUCUUUGUGGGCUCCGAGGGGACGCUGGGCCUCAUCACCCAGGCCACGCUGCGCCUGCACGGCACCCCAGAGGCCACCGUGGCAGCCGUCUGCGCCUUUCCCAGCGUGCAAGCAGCUGUGGACAGCACUGUGCAGGUUCUUCAAGCCGGGAUCCCCAUCGCCCGUAUUGAGUUCCUGGAUGAUGUCAUGAUGGGCGCCUGCAACCGCCACAGUGGCCUGAGCUACGCAGAGCUACCCACUCUCUUCCUGGAGUUCCACGGCACUGAAAACAGCGUGGAGGAGCAGGUCCAAGCAACAGGGGAGAUUGUGCAGUCGAACGGGGGUUCGGACUUUGUGUGGGCACGGGAGCAGGAGGCUCGCAGUCAGCUGUGGGCCGCACGCCACAAUGCCUGGUAUGCUGCCCUGGCCCUUCGCCCAGGCCGGAAGGGAUACUCGACUGACGUCUGUGUUCCAAUCUCCCGCCUCCCUGCAAUCCUGCUGGAAACAAAGAAAGACCUACUGGAGUCCAAGCUCACAGGCCCUAUUGUCGGCCAUGUUGGCGAUGGGAACUUCCACUGCCUAUUGAUUUUUGAUCCGGAAGACGCCGAAGAAAGCAGGAGGGUGGCAGAGUUUUCCAAACGGCUGGUCAGGCGUGCAUUGGCGAUGGAUGGCACCUGCACAGGGGAACAUGGCAUAGGCCUGGGCAAACGCCAGUUUUUGCGUGAAGAAGUAGACGAGGUGGCGCUGUCCACUAUGCAGCAGAUCAAGGCGGUGCUGGACCCUAAAAACCUCAUGAACCCUGGAAAGGUGCUGUGAAAGCCUGAGAUUGUCUCCGCAGAUGGCAUAACGGUGCUUUGUGAUAGAUUUACAUGGAACUGUCCACAUACAUCAGUCCACUUAAUGAAUUGUUCUGUGAUGGUUCCCCAAUGUUAUUGCAUCACUGCCAUCUGAGGGGGCACUGUAUUGAAAGUGGGAUUGUGUAUAUACUUUCCGCUACCAUCAUGAGCGCAAACCAUUAGGGACACACGAGAAGGAUGCUUGGAGUGUCCUCCCAUGAGGCCCAGCAUUUUCCCCCAUACAGGGCGCAAGCUCCAUCUUUGACAGGAAGCAUCUGUUCUGGAGGCUGCACCACAUAGGCCCUUCCAAAGGGGGCUUGCCUGCCACUUCUGGCCCAUUUGCACUGCAAUCUUAAAAAUUAAACCAGUUCUGUUCAACCUGCAGAGCUUUCCAUUCUCUCAAGGGAUGCAGAGUACCGUAGUUAGCCAAAGGGCAAUUGGUAUAGCGGAGAACUCUUUGCUUCACCCAGUGUGCCACUACCAAGGUCCCUUGAUGGAAGCUUUGAUUGUGAAGAUGCUUUAAAUGUGGCAACCUUUUGUUAGGCAGGCAUGACCUUGGCUGGAGGGGCAAACCCAUGUAAUUCCACAGACACUUCUGUCUGAAUAUGUUUUAGUACCUGUUUUGCCAAGUGGAGCAGGUGGAGCUGCAGGUGUUUAUGGAGGUGUUAAAAAAGCACAUGGGUAAGGAAUUGGGAUGGGAUGUGGGCUCUGAAGAAAUGCUUUUCCAGUGGAGAAAAUCCUAAAGUUUUGUCCUUUGCCAAAGACCUGGCUUGCUGAAUCUGCUUUGGGUUUUUUUUUUCCUAGAGCCCCAAAAUCUACCAACCAGAGCCAGCUGCAAAAGCACCCAGUUAAAAUGAAAGAACGGAGGGCUGCUGAUCACAUAAAAUGAUUUUCAUUAUCAGUACUUGUUCUGUCUUUUUCCCACCAAGGCCCAUUGCUGAUCAGCUUUCUUCAUUUCAGCAGCCUGAUCUAGAUGGGGGGGGGGAGUUGUUUUGUUAUGGCUGUUGUGACAUUUCUGAGAGUCAGAAAACCUUGUUGAUCUAUUUCAAAUCAGAGAGGUAUCUACUGUACCUCUUAUUCAUCCAUCACUCUAUAGUUCCAGGAAACAAAGUUGCAGUUGAAUGCUGCCUUCUCAAUCCAUUUUCCUACCUACACAAGUUGACAGGUGUAUGUGUGUGUCUUUUAACGCCUCUCCUCUGCGAAUCUUCUGGCAUCUGCGUUUUCAUUUACUUUUCAAUUCACUGGCAGAACCCAUGAUCAAGGACUUCAAGCUGCCCCCAUUACCACCACUAUUUAACCAAGAUGAAACAAUAGUAAAUUGCCUUCAGCACAGGUCGAGCAAGAGUGUGCAGGCUUGACAGUUGCAUUAAACAGCUUUUCCCGGCCUAUGGACCACCAGCUGUUGGGACUCCCACCUCCCAUCAGCUCCUGCCAGCAUGGCAAAUGCUCAGGGCUGAUGGGAGUGGGAAUCUGGCAGCAACAGCAGGAGGGCACUGGUUGGGGAAUGCUGGCAUAGGGGUAUUUUACACUACAGGAGAAGCAGUGAGGGUGCAGGAUCUGAACCUUGCACACGAGACAGAUUUCAUCUGCACGAGCCAACCCUGGUAAUGGGAACUGGGCCUCCCAGCACCAAGGUCAGAUUUUGCUUUUCCUGCAAGUGUCUCACAAAAUGAAAAACAUUGUCCCC